AUGAAAACACCCUCCAUUUCUUGAAGGUCUUAUAGAACUCAAUGGUCAAACCACUCGAAUCUGCCUUGUGGUUCCCGAUCGUUCACGAAUUACAAUUUUUACUGACAUUAGCAUGACAUAGUUGAAAAUAAAGCUGGUAGACUUAAUAUCGCAUAAAAAAUGCCCCCGAAGAAAAAGAAAAAGCUGACAGCUGACAAUGCAAAUAUCAAAAAUAAUCAAAAUGAAACCGAGGCCAAAAAGAAAUUCACAAAAUGGCUAAUGAAAUCUGAACCAGAAAGUCGUAUAGAAAAAGGAGUGGAUGUUAAGUUCGGUAUUGAAGAUCUUAAAAGCAGCCCAAAUCAAACAACUCACUGGGAUGGAGUACGAAAUUAUCAGGCAAGAAAUUUCAUGCGAGAUCAAAUGAGGAUCGGUGAAUUAGCAUUUUUCUACCACAGCAACUGUAAAGAGCCAGGAAUUGCUGGCAUCAUGGAGGUGGUAAGAGAAUCAUACGUGGAUCAUACUCAAUUUGACAAAGCUGAUCCACAUUAUGAUCCUAAAGCUUCGAAGGAAAACCCCAAAUGGUUUAUGGUUGAUGUAAAAUAUGUAAGAAUGAUGAAACGUUUCAUCUCGUUGAAAGAACUUAAGAAACUCCACGUUGAACAUAAAGAAAAUGGAGGCCCUCUUAAAACCUUGGCCUUAUUCAUUCAGUCAAGACUAUCUGUGGCACCUUUAACAGAAGAGGAAUUUCGGUUCAUUCAGAGCUUAGAGGAUCAAAAAGAGUAACAGAACUGUACUAAUAUCCUGUUUGUUCAAAUUUAAAGUAUUUCAGUUUUUGUUAAUCUUCCAUGAAUGAAAUGAUUUUCACAUGCUAAAAAUGCUUAGCAAAUUGCCUCAUAUGGCUCUGUUAGAUUUUGUUUUUAUUGUGUAUAUACUGAUUUAAAAUACCUUAACACAAUAAGGAUACAUUUUGAAUGCCUAACACAUCCAACAAAACAUAUUUAGCAUGAAUUUGUAUAGUUUUGCUGAAUAUUCAGAAUUCUUUUCAAUAAAAUUUCUCGCCAGUU